AUGCAUCUCAUAUUCGAUUUUGAUGGAACAAUUACCCAACAAGACACUGUUGGAGUACUCGCCAACUCGGCUAUUGAGUAUCAGAAGCGCCACCGUGGCGAAGAUCUGCAGGCCGAAUGGGAUCAAGUGGUCCGGUCUUACAUGGAAGAUUACCAACGCUACAGCAGUGAGCACCCAAUGCCGGCGGAGGAACGGAAAUGCGUCGAGGAGGAAAUACGUUUCCUAUCAGGCAUGAAGGAUGUCGAAGAGGCGUCUCUACAUCGGGUUGCGGCGUCACAAGUCUUUGCCGGUCUCGAUGCCGAGAAGUUGAGGCGCGCUGGCGAGGAGGCUGUGAGGAGCGGCAAAGUCAAGAUCCGAGAGGGCUUCGAGGACUUGAUCAACCUUGCGGGAGAGAAGGAAUGGGAGUUAUGCGUCGUCUCGGUGAACUGGUCCCGCGCCUUCAUCGAGGGCGUGCUCCUCCCGCACCAGAUCCGCGUCAUCGCCAACGAGCCGCACGCGGACGGAUCGAUCCUGGGACCCGAGUUCCUGGGCGGGCGGAUGACGAACGGCCAUGAGAAAAGGGAAGCCCUGGAUCAUGUCGUGACGGACAAGAAGAAGCGGGUGCUCUACUUCGGGGACUCGACGACGGACAUGGAGUGUCUCCUGGAAGGCGGCAUCGUCAUAUCGAAUGACGAAGCCUCGUCGCUGAUGCGCACUCUACGGAGAGUGGGCGAGCCAGUACCGCAUGUUGGCGAGCGGGAGACUGCCUCAAACUUGAUGUGGGCGCGAGACUUUCGGGAGGUGUUGGAGAGCGGUGUGUUGCAUGAGUAG